UCUUUACACCCUUUCUUAACAGUAAUUGUCUACUUUAGCAUACCUUUGGGACUACUGAUGUACUACCAAUCGUUUUUACGCCAUCGAAGACGCUCAAAAUUUUUCAUGACCUGGGGUAUUGUGUCAGUGCUUGUUGUGUAUUUGGUGUUCAUGAGACUUGUUGUGCCUCUUGGUCAUGUUUCUACAGAAUGCUUUUUUGCUAUGAAUAUUUGUUUUAUUGCAAUGUUUGGUGCAUUUUAUGCAUCAAAAUUAAACCCAGGAAUUGUGAUCAAUAAUGACGUAACACAAUGUAACUAUGUAAGAGCGGAUUCGAUUGGUCAGAAUUUCAAAACUAAAGUGGCAUUAUCGAGGCAGGAAAGUGGACAUAAUGUGAUAAAUGAAGAAACAAAUCAUCAAAAACAGACUUAUUCACAACAUAGAGGGAGCCCUUCUAGACUCAUACAUACUGAUGUAACCAAUGAAAAUUCACAAAAACAACUUCAUCAACAACCAGCACCAGACAUCUAUGCAGAGAUUCCAUCCCAGCAUAAGAGAACAGUGUCGGACGGUCAAAUGUCUUUGUCAAUGCUUAGUGACGAUUCAGUAUUUGUCGACGGUAACUGGUGUGAACUUUGUCAAGGUCAUCAACCUCGUCGUGGAGGUCACUGCAGAGUGUGUGGUCACUGUGUAAAGAGAUUUGAUCAUCACUGUGUAUGGUAAUAACUGUUUACCGUGUAUUCUCCCAU